AUGCCCGGCGUUCCUUCAAGUCGAGCCUGUGAUGCGUGUCGUCAACAAAAAAAGAAGUGUGAUGAAUCAAACCCCAAAUGUUCGCGGUGUACUCGCCUACAGAUUCCAUGUAUCAACAAUGGAGCCCGACGUUUCAAGUUUCAAGAGCUGAAAUUCACCCCCUCGAAGCCGCAAGAGCAUCAUACCGGGAGCCCGGCCAUUAUUGUGGCGCCCCAUACAGCCUAUAAGGCCGAUGGCAGCCAGCCACGAGUCACGAACCCGAAGGCUAAACGAGCCAGCCACAACAAAGCUAGAAAUGGGGUGCAAUACCUACAGGACCCGGAAAAGCCCCCCAAGCCACAAAACGCUGCGAUUUGGGCCUUUCCGGUUGUGGCCAAUCAUAUCCCGUCUCUCCCUGACAAGAAUUCCAAAGAGCUGCGCAGCUUCCAUUUCUUCGUCGAUGUGACAGCGCCUUCUCUAGGCGCUGCCUUUAAUUCUACAUUUUGGAAGACAGAAAUCCCUAGAGCCUGUCACCUUGACGAUGCCAUCUGGCAUGCCAUUAUUAGCCUCGCGUCGGCUCACGAAUCUUCUGUUUCCACUGUACCUGUUGCCACGUCUACAACUCCUGAAAAUUUGCAUACCCUUAAGCACUAUAAACUAGCAGUUCAGAACCUGCUGAAGUAG